AUGGCAUCUCAUAGGCAGAGCUACAGGGCUGGUGAAGCCAAGGGCCAAACUCAGGAAAAGACAAGCCAGAUGAUGGGCUCACUAGAGGAGAAGGCCCAGGCAGUGAAGGACAAGACCUACGAGACGGCCCAGGCAGCCAAAGAGAGAACAAUGGGUGCAGCGCAAUCAACCAAAGACAAGGUCCAAGGGAAGGAAGAAGUUGCCAAGGAUAAAGCAGAUGUUGCAAAGGGUAAGGCCUGGCAGAGCAAGGAGGUGACCAAGCAGAAGGCCUCGGAAGAGGCCGGAAAAUCCAAAGAUACGGCGGAGGCCGGGAAGGACAAGUCUGAGGGGUUCCUCCAGCAGACUGGAGAGAGUGUGAAGAACAUGGCACAGAGUGCUGCUGAUGCUGUCAAAAGUACCUUUGGCAUGGCCAAGGAUGAUGAUGAAGACACUCCUCAUUAUAGCAAGGACAGGGACUAG